AUGUAUGAAAUCUAUCAAUCUGCGUUGAACGUGGCAGUCUGUCUGACCACGCAUGAGUUUGCGCAAGAUCUUGCAACUCGUCAAAGCGACCGGGCGAUCCGAUGCAUCGAGCAAGUACACAAGGAUGUACCCCAUCUAGUCAGAUUUCUCGCCUCAGCUCAAGAUUCAUGCUCAGAAACUUGGAAAUCUGUCAGCAAUGAGAAAGAAGAGACGAGCUCGCAGCUCAAUACAUAUCUGCAGGCUGCAGUGGAAGAUGAGGAUUUUGCGCUCGGCUGGCUUGACGUGCAGCGGAUGCGUAGAAUGCCAUGGUUCUCCAGAGCAUGGGUCCUCCAAGAAUAUGCAUCUCACCAGGACGUGGUGUUCCUAUUCGCAUGGCAGCAUAUCGUUGCUAGAAAAUUGGCUGCUGUGCUGUUGGCAUACUUGUGGAGAGGUAAAGUGUCCACAGCCGUAGAACAGAAAAUGGUGCAGAUACAUGGGGAUCUUGAUGCUCUCUCCACGAAUAGCCAACGGGCCGGACCCAAUCAGGGCACCAAUCCCUCCUCCUUCUCCUCCGAUCAGAACGUGUACAACACCCUCAAGUCCAAAUCGUACAUCUCCCAGCAGAGGCGGCCGUUGAUAGACCUACUAGACCACUCCCGGAUGGCGAUUGCUAGCGACAAAAGAGAUCACAUCUAUUCGUGCUUGGGCCUAGCAGAACAAACUUACGGCAUAAGACCAUACUACGGACAAGAUGUUUCUGUCGAAGAUCUCUUCACUAAUAUCAUGCGACUUCUCCUUCUCAACACCAAAGACAUUAACCUGAUCGAGCGAGCCAGCACAGCGUUCAGUGGCUAUUCGGAGACACUUCCCUCGUGGGUACCGGACUGGCGGCGGCCAAUAACACUGGCUGAUGCGAAGUAUUACUACGAUCGAUAUGAUAAAGAAGUCCAUACUAUAGGAGAAUCCACGGCACAUAUCAUGUUUCUGGGGGACGGCAAGAUUCUGGAGACUAAAGGCGUCCUCAUGGAUAGUCUCGUCGGCGAAGUAGAGGUACACGUUUGGUGUGGUAAGCGAAUCGAGCGCAUAUAUACACUGCGCAGCCCACAAAAUGUGUCGUCGCUACCGCAUGCGCAUGUUGAAACAUGGCCGCCGAGGAAGGGGGACGAGGUGUGGAAAUUGUGUGGUUCAAAUCGGCUCUUUUUGCUACGGAAAGAUGGUGAGCGCCAUGUCUUCCUGCGAGGCGUUCAUGUAUCCAAUGUCGAGAAUAUGGAGAUCGAGCAUGGCGGGUUCACGGAAUCUGAUGUUGAUUUGGAAAGGCAAAGGAAGACUUUGUGGAUCCACUAA